UCCUCCACCUCCAUAAAUCCAAUCCUUGCCCAACCACAAUCUUGCAGAGUAUGUCAACAAUGGCGUUAUUCGGUGAUCCUUUCAGGCGAUUCUUCGUUAAUCCUCCAAUCUAUCACGCAACAGCUCUCAUGGAUUGGUACGAAACCUCACAAGCUCACUUCAUAAAGAUCAACGUCCCUGGAUAUAGCAAGGAUGAUGUGAAGGUGCAGGUGGAAGAAGGGAAUAGAUUGGUGGUGAGCGGUGAAGGUGGAAAGGAGAGAUCUAAGGAGAAGGCAGACGAGAUUGUUUGGCAUGUGGCGGAGAGAGGAGGUGGAGGAGUUGACGGCGGUGGUUUUUGUCGGGAGAUGGAGCUGCCGGAGGAUGUGAAAGUCGAUCAGAUUAAAGCUCAGGUUGAAAAUGGACUUCUGAUGCUGGUUUUGCCCAAGGAUCUCAGCCCUAAGCCAUCGAAAGUCCGUAAUAUUCAUGUCUCCAGCAAGCUGUAAUGGAAGGAAACUUGUAGAAAUCCAUUUUCUGUACGUGACAGGUUUAAGUAGUUAUAAAUAGUGACAGGUUGCAAGAUCAUUAUAACUCUUGUAAGUUAAAAAAAAAUGGAUAAGCAUGCAUUUAGC